CUGAAUAAGUUGAAAUCACAAGCUCUGGUUCGCUGUCGCAUUCGCUCACCACACCCAACUUCAGUCUCCAUUGGAAUAGAUUUCGAAUCAUGCAAAAGCGUCUCACCGAGAAAUAUUCCACAGAAGUGGCGAAAUAUCAUCGAAUCUACCGCGAUUUGAGCAAUUCGAAAGUGCACUCUAACACCGAUGUGCGGGCAAACUCUGUGCUGCGCAAAAAUAUUGAAAGAAGUUCAAGAUAUUUAAGCCAAUUGAACACAUUACUUUUCAAUGUGGACAAUAAAGUGGUUCGUGUUCAAACCAAGGGGUUUACCCGGCGUCUUUCGUCAUUACUUGCUGAACAGGAUGAAAUGGACAAUGAAAUGAACGAUAUCAAGAAAAGGAUCAAUCAUUUGAAAUCACAAAUUGAGCGUGUCGAUGUUAAACUGGAAAAGUAUUCAGCUGUUGACAAUCAUUUUGAUGCCGAAAAAAAGAUCGAAACGUUGGAAAAUCGACUUUUGCGAAACAAUCAAAAAGUAAAUGGCUUACGAUUGCACGGCAUAAAACUGAAGGAUAUCGUGAGUGAGUUGUUGUUCAUGCGCCGUCGAUUUCAAAAGUCACGCGAUGAUAUCACUGCCAUGUUGAUGGUAAAGAAGCAAGAAAUCACCGAAUUGGUCGAUCACUAUGCGAUUGGUUUUGCGAAUGGGAUGAAAAAUUGCCGUAAUCUUGAAGCGUGUCAUAUUCGAUCGACCAGAGAACUCAAAGCUCAUUUACAAGAAAUGCGUCAACUGAUCCGAUCUGCCGAAUCGAAUAAUAUUUUACGUGAAUUCAUGAUAACAAAAGCAACGCCUAUUGAACUAAGCUCGGAUGCUAUUCCGCCACGUGAAAUUCUCAAGUCAAACUAUCGCAAAUUGACGCAAGCCGACGAAGAAUUGUUGAGUAAAAUUGGUGAAUUCGCAUCGGGUGUAACGGCGUCUGGUCUGAAAUCGAAGGUUCGCGAGGCUUAUUCGCUGUAUUUGUACUCGAAUGACAUCACAAAAAUGAUCGAUAAUUCAGCAAAAAUGCUUGAAACCUUGGAAAAACAAUCGGAACUGGCCGAGAUUCGAUUACUAGAUCGCCAGCAGAAUGAACAUCGCGAAAAGGAGCUGGAAAAUCAAUGGACUGAAGAAGCCACCGAAACACAACGUCAUAGUACCAAUUUAGCAGAUAAUGAAUCAAUGCUGGUCAAAUGCUACAAAGACGUUCGCGAGAUAUUUGAAACGUUGCAGUGUGAGGAUAGUCUUUUGUAUGAAGUCGGCCAAAGUAUCGAUGGAUACAAUGUUCAUGCAGUGCUUCGGGUGAUUGAGACUCGAUUACGCCAUGUCAUGUACACCGUUUCCUGUUGGCAAGAAAAAAAUAAUGUCCCUGAAGAAGAACGCCUGGUUCAUGGCAUUGAAAUUGUCAAGGCACAUGGUUUACCGCUGAUGGAAAUGGUUCACCCAUGCCCCGAAUGCUCACAAAUUGAAGCUCGUGCAAAUCCCGAUGUUGAAGCCAUUUUGGAUAAGAAAACGAAAUCCCAGAAAAUCAAGAGCAACAUCAAAAUGCACAAUAUGAGGGCUAAAAUGCACAACAUCCAAGACUGUCCGAAGCCUGGUUCCAAAUCUGUCUUGUCCAAAACAAUUUGAAUGGCACACAUCAACACAAUUAUUUAUCACGAAUUUAUGUUUUUUCGCCGAGAUUUUACAUUCACAUUCCAAUGAAAUUUUAAAAUGAUUUCAUAAAAUACAUUUGAAUGAUGAAUA